ACCUUUUUAGCAUGAUCAAGUGGAAAUUGUUCGUAAUCCUUGGUUUCCUUGAUUUUCAAUUAUCAUGGGCCAUUCGAGCAUUUCAUGGACACUGUCCUGACAAUAUGACGGCGGUUGCUGAUUUGGAUAUGGAACGCUUUAAAGGAAAGUGGUACACCCACUCAUUAUAUCCUCCUCUCUCGUUGAAAGUGGCAAAGUGUCAGUCGACGGAAUUCGUAGAAAAGGGCGGACAUCAUUUUGUAGUUAAGGCUCGUGAACUGAGCGGCCAAACCGGCACAGUGAGGUUCAGAAAAGCACCCAUUUUAAAAGUAGAGCCAAAAUUCGGAAGGUAUGUUUUGGGCACCAAAAAUCCAGCAUUUCCUGAAGGAGUUCUGCUGUAUGUACUGGAUACCGACUAUACCAACUUCGCCAUACGCUAUAUGUGCUUUGAUUCCAGUCACAUUUUCAGCUUUCAUUGGGCCGUCAUCCAGACACGAAAACGUUUACCCAGUGCGGAAGUUAUCUAUAUGGCUCAGUACUAUGCAAAUAAGGCUGGUCUUCUGAUAAGCGAUAUGAGUAAAGUUCACCAGGAGUCGUGUCCUCCAGACACUUGAAUAUUCUUCGAUUUGUGUUCAAAAGUAAACAAGUAAAAUAUUAUUUACUAAA